CACUCCCACAUCCGCGGGCUGGGCCUGGACGAUGCCCUGGAACCACGACAGGUGUCGCAGGGAAUGGUGGGGCAGCUCUCGGCCCGGCGCGCCGCCGGCGUCAUCCUGGAGAUGAUCAAGGAAGGGAAAAUCGCCGGACGCGCCGUGCUCAUCGCUGGACAGCCUGGCACGGGGAAAACGGCCAUUGCCAUGGGGAUGGCGCAGGCUCUGGGCCCCGACACUCCGUUCACGGCCAUCGCGGGCAGUGAGAUUUUCUCUCUGGAGAUGUCGCGCACCGAGGCGCUGACCCAGGCCUUCCGCCGCUCCAUCGGCGUCCGCAUCAAGGAGGAGACGGAGAUCAUCGAGGGGGAGGUGGUGGAGAUCCAGAUCGACCGCCCGGCCACCGGCACGGGGACGAAGGUGGGGAAGCUGACACUGAAAACAACAGAAAUGGAAACCAUUUACGAUCUGGGGGCGAAGAUGAUCGAGGCCCUGAGCAAGGAGAAGGUGCAGGCGGGCAUGUUGGACAUCGAGAGUUUCUCGUUCCUCAACCGCGCCCUGGAGAGCGACAUGGCCCCGGUGCUGAUCAUGGCCACCAACCGCGGCAUCACCAGGAUCCGGGGCACCGCACACCGCAGCCCCCACGGGCUCCCCUUGGACCUGCUGGACCGGCUGCUGAUCAUCGCCACGGCGCCGUACGGGGACAAGGAGACGCGGCAGAUCCUCAAAAUCCGGUGAGACACCCCAAAAAUCCAUCCUGGCACCCCAAAAUCCACCCUGACACCCUAAAA